AUGCCACGACGAAUCCCAUCGCAAGUGCCGCAGACCGUCUCGAGGCUGCUCGAAGCAGGCUUCCUCAAACGGCCUCCGGCGUGGUUCGAGGCGGUGAACAACCACCCUCCCGUCACUUUGCCAGCUCGCCAUCCCGUCAGUCGUCCGGAUGAGGAUCUUCCCGUUCGUCUGCGUGCCUCGUCGCAGACCAGCCUAGCCAAUGCUGGUCCAUCUUCCGCAUCUGCUGACGGCGCUGCUCCCGCGACGCACGGCCGCGAUACGACCAACUCGAAGAAGAAAUCGCGAACGUUAACACCCAAGCUCACACCAAAGCCCAUCGUUUACGAAGAGGACAGAAUUCGACAACAGUUCUUCCGCGAUCACCCAUGGGAAGCCUACCGACCCAAGACGCUCGUCGAGAUGAGCGAGCAGGUGGGCGGCGAGACGCGCGUGCAUGGCGACCCUAAGCGUCUGCGUUCGUACGGCCGCAAUCCCAGCGUGGAAGACUUUGUUGCCUGCACGCUUGCAGCACACCGACAGGGCGGUCUCUCGCUCUCGCAAGCAUACCAUAACACUCUAUCGUCCUACCACGGUCUCAAGGCCGAGCACGAGCACGCUACGCGAUACGCCAUCUUGGAAGCAAAGUACUACGGUGCUGAUCUGGGCAAGACCGAGACGCAACGAGGAUUCGAAAAGGAGGAAAAGGCGCUUGCAUCCUGGGCUGCAUGGGCUGCUGGAGGCACGGCAGGGGUUGAUGGCGCUAAUGCCGCGAAUGUGGUGCAGCAGACCAAGGCGGUACGAGUGAAGCGCACCGAUGAGACUUUUACUUCAGGUGAUGCAUACCUUGAAGCAGCAAAGGCCUUUAGGGACGGCAAGAUCAGCGCAGAGCGACUGGGAAGCGGGGCUCAGCUUGCCCCUAGCCAGCCAUCAGCGCCCUUUGGCAACAGCAGCAGCCCCGUACCGACGGCUGAAGAUGCAGACGACUUUCUCGGUCUCGCCAAAUCCGCCAUACAACCGACAGAAGCUACCUCGACCGAGCCACAGUCUCUGUUGAAGGGCUAG